CUAUUUGAAACAACGAAGAAGAAGAACAGCUUCGAGUCUUUACGGUUAGCAACAAUGGCUCAAGGUUCAAAGAAGUUUAAAACUCCGCGGCCAGGAGUCGCUAAAAAACCACAUCAAAACAAAGCGAAAGGACCCAGGAAAGGAGGGAGGAGCAUUGCACCUAAAAAGACUCAAGUCGUUGAGCAACAGAAGCUGAAGAAGGGUCUCGAGAUUGCCAUCAGGAACAACAUUGAGAAGGAGGUGACCCAGAAGGCCAGCUUAUCCCUCCACAAGCCACUGAGUUUGGUCAAAGGAGCCGAACGUAAAGCCAAGCCCGGAGAAGCCCGUCCAGGAACCAGCUCCAAAUAGGGUUUGAUACCCAGACCCGAGGUUGAGCGGGUCUAAACCGCUGGUCUUAGUCAUGGGAUCAGGGAUCUACAAUUGUUCCUAUGACUUGUAUUUAAGAUGCAUGCCAGCGCUGUGUUGUUUUAGAUCCCUGAAUGUUUCCGCUGACUUCAGGCUGAUAUAGUCGGAACACUUCUUGCACAGAUGCUAAUUAUUAGUUUGUCCUUUUACAAAUAAAUGUAUAGUAAAAAACUAAGAAUCUUAAACCUGUCGCUGUCGAGAAUCCUUUGAGAUAUUCAUUUUUUAAGAACAGACCUCAGCUCAAUUAAGGCUCGGAGAUUAUGUUGACAAUCUUAGGUGGCGUUCCCACAUAAACCCAUAUGUUUCUGUGAGCCACUGAGAGCCCAGUGCUCCCACAUGCACAUAUUAUUUGCUGAAUAUCGGUGACAAAGAGGCACAAACGAGUAAUCGUGUAACGGAUCAUUGUCCAUCCGUACGGAUCCCCCCACGGUUCGGCAUGCAUGUGAACCACGUAUAAAUUACACAUUUUAACGUUGACCAUCACAGUGUGAAAUAAAGUUUUACUGAAUAUGCA